AUGCCGGGCUCCACCGUCACCCCCUGUCCCAGGACGGAACCACGGGCUCACCGCUACCCCGGCUCGGCACGCCAGCUUGGACCCGCCCCCACUCAGAUCAGCGGCCCCGUCUCCGGUCCAGCCAAAGGACCGAGCUCGCAGCCCAUCCAACAGGGCCUGCUGGCCUCCGAGCUGAGCUGUGCCAGGUUCCGCGCCACCAGUCCAGUCAGCGCCCGGUCCCAUGCCACCUGUCCAAGGUCGACGUCUCCUCCGGCGUCUCGACCUGCCGCGGCUCUGCCUCCGGUCACCGCUGGUCCUGCCCUCGCCACACGAGCCUCCCAGAGCGCGUCGCCCUCUCCUCCUCUGCCCCAGACGCAGUCCCCCCAGAGCCCAUCGCCAUUUCCUCCUCUGCCCCAGACGCAGGCCCCCCAGAGCUCGUCACCGUCUCCUCCUCUGACCCAGACACAGGCCGCCGGACUCUACUGCGUUUGGAUCCUCAACUCCACUUCACUCACCAGCAUGCGUGACAGCUACCCACACAUUUAG